GCUGUUUGUAUGUCAUCGAAGUGAAACUUAAAGCCACGUAGAAGAAGUUCUCCGGAAGCUAUAUAUUGUGAGCACACGGUUUCUCCGGCCUUUCAGUCAGAGUAGCGAGGGGACUAUGGCCAAGAUCAAGGCAAGAGAUCUGCGGGGCAAGAAGAAAGAGGAGCUGCUGAAGCAGCUGGAUGAUCUGAAAAACGAGCUGUCCCAGCUCCGUGUGGCCAAGGUUACCGGAGGAGCGGCAUCCAAGCUCUCAAAGAUCUGUGUUGUCCGCAAAUCCAUCGCCAGAGUCCUGACUGUAAUCAACCAGACACAGAAGGAGAACCUGAGGAAGUUCUACAAGGGUAAGAAGUACAAGCCCCUGGAUCUGAGACCCAAGAAGACCAGAGCUCUGCGCCGCCAACUCAACAAGCAUGAGGAGAGUCUGCGAACCAAGAAGCAGCAGAGGAAGGACCUCCUCUACUCCAUCCGCACGUUUGCAGUCAAAGCUUAGAGGCUUUGACUUUGUAAGAGAUGUAGCCAAGAACCAGAGAGGAAGCCUGUCAGUGAAAUGGCUUGAGAGCCCGCUUUGAGACAACUAGAUUCUCUGGUCUGAAACCAAGAUGGAACUGGUCGGCCUCAAAGCUAUGCCUGAUGUCUGGCGGGAACCAGGCACUGCUUAUCACCUGCACAAUGCCACACCAAAGGUGAAGCGUGGUGGGGGUUACAGCAGCAGAGAUUGGGGGUCUGGUUUAGGGGUGAAAGCUGACCAGAGCAAAGUACUGAGGUCCUUAAUGAAUACCUGGUCCAGAGCAUGCAUGGUCUCAGACUGGGCCGAAGGUUCACCUUCCAACAGGACACUGACCCAGAGCAUGCAGCUAAGAUGACGUGUGAGUGGCUUACAUACAAUUCUGUGAAUGUUGUGUGUGUUCAAGACUUUGACCCACUCAAACAUCUCUGGAGAGACCUGAAAAUGGUCUUCCACCGGCCGCCCCAUCCAACUUGAUGGAGACUGAAAAUCUGUAGAGGGACAGAAAAUCAGGUGUGCAAAGCUUGCACUGCCAACAGAGUACGGAGUUCUAGGUCUGGGUACUUAUGUGAAGGAGUUGUCAUUUUUCUUUUUAAAUAAAUUUGCAAAAAAACCUAAAA